CUGAGAUAUAGAGAGGUGAAGGAACGUGUCCAAGGCCAUCCAGCAACUGAUGGAGCGGAAAUUCAAACCCAGAUGCAAGAUGAGGAACCACGGGACAAGAUACAGCAGCCUGUCAAUAAAGUAAUUGAGCGAAACCGACUUAAAGCGGUGUUAAAAAACUUGUCGCUCUUGAAGCUGCUCAAGAGCUCGAACCCUCGGAUCCAAGAACUGCAUAACCUGGCCAAAAGGUGUUGGAAUUCACUGCUCAGAGUUCCGAAGGUCCUGGGGAUCUCCUCUGGGUAUGACGACGUCUGGGAUAAAGUGGAACAAAAUAACAAAGAUCUUCAGGAGGCUGGGUGUCCCAACAAGAAACUGGACUCCAAGAAAUUAGAGCCCAUAGGGGAGUCUGAGGAGUUGAGACCCGAGGUGGCAUUGGGGGAGAGGCACACGGCACAGGAAGCAGUGCCACAGAAAAAGCAGCAGAUGGAGCCUGAGGUCCCAAUGACAUCGAGGGGCCAUGACCUGACCACUGGCCCUGGAGCUCAGGAGAGGCAACCACCCACUGAGGACCCCCGAGUCGUCAUCCUGAAGACCCACCAGUACAGAACUCCCGUGGAGGACAUGAUACAGGUGGAAACAGCGGACCAGUGGAUCUGGUUUGAGGGGCUGCCCACACGAGUCCACCUCCCAGGGCCCCGGGUGAUGUGCAGAUCAUCCGCCCUGCGCUGGGUCAAGCGCUGCUGCACCCGCUUCUGCUCAGCAUCACUUGAGCUGCCGAUGGUCCAUCCAUACAAGGUGUGACAAUGCCACCACCAGGCCAGGGUGAGAUGCAAGCCCCAAGCCAGGCCCUGAGGUGUGCCCAGAGUCAGAGGGCUUAGGAGCGAGUCUUGGGGGCUGUGGCUGGCAGUGCUGGGAGGCCCUACCUUCACGCCCAGAGAGGGAAACCCAGAGAGGUGGAAGCCAUUGACUAAGCCCACACAGCAGGGCGGUGGCCAGGCUGGGGCCUCUCAGGACCCAAGCAGGGGCUCUGGGGAAGGAGGCUUUGGGAGCAUGGUUCUGAGGUGAGUCAUCCAUUGCCUGGAGGCCUAAGGAGAGCCCAAACUGCUAUGGCUCUGAAUCGCUGUUAGAAAUCUGAGUGAGUUUAGGGAUUUCCAAAUGUGGGGAUAAGGGGAGAGGCAGUGGUCAAGUAAGGCUCUGACGCAUCCCAUCCCCCCUUAGAUAAACUCUCCAUUUGUUUUACUUAUCCAUACCUCAAAUAAGAUUUACUCUGAACCAAAAGUUCCCUAGCAAAAGAAAAAGAAGAAAUACUCCAGCCCCUCUACUGAGAUCCUAAGAAAGGUGAUGGGCCUGGGGGUCCAGCUGAAUGGGAGGCUGCCCCUUCGGCAAAAGAGGCAUCUCCGAUCUGCAGACACCGCAGCACCCUGGUCCCUGAGCCCUGUCCCUGGACGGCAGCGCCCUCUGGGGGCGGUCAUAGCUCCUAAGUGACGCUGAGGUCUCCGCUUGCAGGUGUGACCUUGGAUGGGAGCCAGAGGUGUGCCGAGAGGACAGGGAUCGCGCAAUCAUCUAAACGGGAGAGAUAGGCGGGAAAAUUCACGAGCCCACAAAUAAAAUCUCCCAUAUGGCACUGAAGAAUACUGCCGCUGGCUCUGCCUGUUUAUCUGGGGCUGGAAAGGAUGGAGGAAAGAGGCCCCUCGUGGGGGGGGGGG